AUGCGCAAUGUCGUCGACAAGGUUGUCCGUCCGAACCUCUCGCGCGUGGCGACAUCUGCCAUGCUGGCCGCCGCAAAUGCCUGCAGUUUGGCCGCACAGCGAGCAGCUGUUGCCAUCGGACACCUCUGCCUUGUUACUAACACCUUACCCAAUGUGGUCAGCGUCGAUAUAGGCAUGGGCUUGAGUGGUAUGGGCGGAAUAGGUGGAAUGGGUGCCAUAUCUGGUCAGGUGACAUCUCUAUCGCGACUUAACUAUCUCCUGGGUCUGUCUGGACCGCCAUCACAGCCAGAGGCCUUUGUUCCUGUGACAGGUACCUCUGCAUCUGGAAGUGCCAGCGUUUCGUCAGUUUCCAGCUCUGGUGGUCUAGCUGGCGGAGCUGCUGCUGUAGCUGCUGCUGCAGCCGCUAGCCUGGCUGCCGGUCGUUUGCAGUCCCCCUCGAGCUGCCUGGUUUCCAUACCAGCCUCGGGCCAAACCACCGGACAGGCAGCUGUCGGUCUUUCAGCAUCGGGGCAUGCAUUGCCGAUGCAGGCCUGUCAGACGCCAUCAGGCCAAUUAAUUUUGCUGGCCACUUCACCAGGUGGCACUAAUUUGUCACUUCCAAAUGCUUCUGCUGUGGCAACUACUGGAGGUAGCAGUGGAAUGGUCGGAUUGGAGUCGUCAUCAAACCUACUCACUUGUCUCCCCACUGGGCAAGUAUCCCAUGCAAGGCAAAGACCACAGCCUCAGCAUAGCCAUCAGCAUCACCAACACUCCCCUCAACAACAGCAGCAACUUCAGGUGGCACAAUCAGCCCAUCAAUUGAAUCUCCACCCUGGGACUCAAACACAACAACAAUUGCCACUUCACCAGCAUCAGGGUCAGGCGCUCUUCCAAACUUACCAGCCGGGACAGCAUCAUUCGACCUCCCAUUCAAGAUUAAAUCACCAUUCAAACCAACAAUCCCAGCAACAACAAUAUAUUUUAGUCCAAACUUCCGGCUCCAAUGUAAGCUUUGAAAAACUUUUAUAUAUUCAUUAA